AUGGAUGAUUUCACAUUGAACAAAUGCAACGAAGUUAUGACUAAAAUUCGAUCACAUCCUAUCUCUGAGAUGUUUCUUGAACCAGUAGAUCCGGAAAGAGAUGGCGCACCAGACUAUUUCAAACAAAUUAAAAAACCAAUGGACUUAGGGACUGUACAAAACAAGCUAAAUUCACGAACCUACAAAAAUGUGCAGGAGUGGAAGGAUGAUGUGAAUCUUAUUUGUACAAAUGCUAUUCAAUACAACGGAAAGAAAAGUUAUAUUGGAGCAGUUGCCACAGAAAUAUCAAAAAUUUUUAAAGAGUUAUCACGUUCUAUAGCUGAUGGCCCAAUUAUGACUUGGUAUUCUACACUUUUAGAAAUUAAACGCGAUUAUAAAAAUCAUGCUCUUACUUGGAUAUCACGUGAACAAGGAGAAUCAGAUUUAUCAUUUGCUAAUCCAAAACUUCAGACUAAAGAUGUAGAUACACAGCCAGAAGUUCAUAGAUUCUUGAUGAAAUCAAUGCCAAUUGAAGAACUAGAUAAAUUGAGAGAUGCAAUAAUUAAAGAAACGAGACCAAAAGUCAGAGAAGAUAUUAAAACAAUUAUCUCCAAACAUUGCCCAGAAAUGAUCGAAACCGGACCAAUAGAUAUGAACUUACUCCCUCCUGCAGCUCUUAUACAACUCAAAGAGCUUUUAUUAAUGUAA